AUGGCCCCAAAUAAUAAUGGAUUCGAACUCCAAAGAGUCCGACUCGAACUGGACACCGCUCGGGCCGAUCUUUAUGGCCCUAAUCUCAUUGUCCCUAAGGACGCGGUGCCUUCUACAUCUGACCAUCUCUUCAACUCCAAUAUGGCCAAGCCCGAAGAAGUCUCAUCAACGGAUACCUCACCAAUCAACACACCUAUGCCACACCCUCCUCAGGUCACAUGUGAUGAUUUUGCACUAGCUUUCGACAUUGAUGGCGUUCUCAUCAAGGGUGGCGAGCCCAUUCCUGCGGCCGUUGAAGCCAUGAAGUAUAUCAACGGUGAAAACGAAUAUGGGUGCAAAGUUCCUUAUAUUUUCUUGACCAACGGCGGCGGCAAGACAGAGAAAGAGCGAUGCCUCGAUCUCAGCAGGCAACUCGAUCUGGACGUCGACCCUGGCCAGUUCAUCUGUGGCCACACACCCAUGCGCGAAAUGGCAGAGCGAUACCACACCGUCCUAGUGGUUGGUGGCGAGGGUGAGAAAUGCCGCGUUGUGGCUGAAGGAUACGGAUUCAAGGAUGUCAUCACACCCGGAGAUAUCAUCAAGACGAGACACGAUACUACGCCGUUCCGAACGUUGACGGAUGAGGAGCACAGUAAUUCCCGACUGCUCGAUCUAGACAAGGUCCGCAUCGAAGCGAUCUUCGUCUUUGCAGAUAGUCGCGACUGGGCCGGCGACCAGCAAAUCAUUUUGGACUGCCUCAUGACCAAAGACGGCUGGUUGAAUACACGGUCGGAGACCUUUACCGAAGGCCCACCAGUUUUCUUCUCGCACACUGAUGUGGUUUGGUCAACAUCGCAUGAACAUUCACGCCUUGGAAUGGGAGCGCUACGCGCUUCCCUCGAGGCCGUUUACACGGUUCUCACAGGCAAAGACCUGAACACUAUCGCCUUCGGCAAGCCGCAAAUCGGAACCUAUGAAUUUGCCACCCGGCUGUUGCAAAAGUGGCGAAAGGACUCGUGUGGAAUCGACAAGUCUCCGUCUACCGUGUAUUUCAUUGGUGAUACUCCCGAGUCUGACAUCCGUGGCACAAAUGAAUUCAACAAGACCGCGGAAAAUGACUGGUUCUCGAUUUUGGUCAAGACUGGAGUCUACCAGGAUGGUGCUGUCCCACGCUAUCCCCCCAGGAAGACAUGCGAUAAUGUUUUUGAUGCCGUCAAAUUUGCUAUUGAGCGCGAGCGCCGAAAGACUUCCAAGGACACAACUGUUUGA